AUGGUGGGAGAGGAAGAAGAGAAAAGGAGAUGGUGGUGGUUGGAGAGUCAUCACAAGACAACCUCUAAUAAGCAUUCUCAAUGGCUUAAUUCGACACUUGCAGAGCUGGAUUCAAAGACAAAUGCCAUGUUGUCGCUUAUUGAGGAGGGUAACGCGGAUUCUUUUGCGCAGCGUGCCGAGACUUACUACAAGAAACGUCCUGAGCUUAUCAACUUCGUCCAUGAUUUCUAUCGUGCUCACCGUUCCUUAGCCCACCGUUUCCAUCACCUUAAAUCUUCUUCAUCCUCCUCCUCCUCUAUCGACCACUCCCUUUCCGAGCUUGAUGAUCCCCAUUCCGAGAUUGAAGACCCUGACGAAGAACAAGAAGACAACGCCUCCUCCUCCUCCAUUUUGAAACUGGAACAAGAAAGGCUGAAGCUGAUCCAAGAGAGUGAUGCUCUGAGAAGACAGCUUUUGGACAAGGACGAAGAAAAGAGAGAGGUCAUUAGGCAGCUUUCUCUUACUCUUGACACCCUCAAGGACGAGAACUUGAGUCUCAAGAGACGUCUUGUUCGCACUGUGUCUCCCAAGAAACGUAGCGUUUUCCAUCUCGGGAAGCUGUUCUACUUUGGAAAUGCGCCAUCAUGGUAG